AUGAUUGGAAAGGACUUUAGGCAUGAGGUUGAUUUGCUAGUUAAUCUUCUCCAUCCGAAUAUAGUGCAAUUCUUAGGAGCUGUAACCGAAAGAAAGCCCCUUAUGUUAAUCACCGAAUACUUACGCGGGGGAGAUCUUCAUCAGUACCUCAAGGAAAAGGGUGGUCUUACUCCAGCCACUGCUGUCAACUUUGCUUUGGAUAUCGCAAGAGGAAUGACAAUCUUCAUAAUGAACCUAAUGUUAUCAUUCACCGUGAUCUUAAACCAAGGUUCAGGAUUGUUCAAGAAGAAAGGUUUUAAAGGAUUGUCCGCUGAUGCAGGGCAGUCUGCAAAGACUUUUGCUGUUUUGUCUGGAGUACACAGUUUGGUUGUUUGCCUUCUGAAACAAUUGCGAGGGAAAGAUGACGCCAUUAAUGUUGGAGUUGCUGGCUGCUGCACCGGUCUCGCUCUUAGUUUCCCUGGUAUUGAACAUGAUGUGUGUUCUAGUUUGUUGAGUUGUAACUCUGAAGCUGCUUCAGGUUCAAACGUUGGGACUAAACGUGUUCAGAGAUGA